ACAGCCCAGGAGCGGCGGAGACGCGCUCGGCAGAGGGAGGGAGGAAGGAGCCGAGGGAAUGAUGAACAGAUUCAGAAAGUGGCUGUACAAGCCGAAGAGGACGGACCCCCAGCUCCUGGCUCAGUUCUACUACGCCGAUGAGGAGCUCAACCAGGUGGCCACGGAGCUGGACAGUCUGGACGGCAGGAAGGACCCACAGAGGUGCACCUUGCUCGUCAACCAGUUCCGGUCCUGCCAGGAUAGUGUGCUAAACAUCAUAAACCAAAUCAUGGAUGAAUGUAUCCCUGCCGACCGGGCGAACCGAGACUUCUGUGUGAAGUUCCCUGAGGAGAUCAGACACGAGAACCUGGGGGGGCAGCUGUGGUUUGGGGCCGAGUGCCUGGCGGCCGGCUCCAUCAUCAUGAACCGGGAGAUCGAGAGCAUGGCCAUGAGGCCCCUGGCCAAGGACCUGACGCGCAGCCUGGAGGAGGUGCGGACCAUCACCCGCGACCAGGCCCUGCGAGACCUCAACACCUACACCGACAAGAUGAAGGAGGCCCUGCGGCACUUCGACAGCCUGUUCGCCGAGUUUGAGCUCAGUUAUGUGUCGGCCAUGGUACCUGUAAAGUCCCCAAAGGAGUACUACGUACAGCAGGAAGUGAUCGUGCUGUUCUGCGAGACGGUGGAGAGGGCCCUGAAGCUUGGUUACCUCACUCAAGACAUGAUUGACGACUAUGAACCUGCACUGAUGUUUACAAUUCCAAGACUAGCCAUCGUAUGCGGACUGGUAGUUUACUCAGAAGGGCCCCUUAAUCUGGACCGGAAGGCAGAGGACAUGUCAGAGCUCUUCAGACCUUUCCGCACUUUACUGAGGAAGAUCAGAGACCUGCUGCAGACGCUGACUGAAGAUGAGCUCUUCACACUGGAACGCAGUCUCUGCAUCUCCCAGGAUGGGGAAUUCCCAGCAGUGCCAACCCUUCCAGAGGUGGCGGUGCCCCCGCCAGCUGUGGUAAACCCUGUCCCCACACCUCUCGCCCCUCCUGCUGUGCCCAAGGUGCCGUUGCAGCAGGAGGUGCCUCCCUCCGGUCCCAGCGCCCCAGGGAAGGAGCAGCAGCAGUCCGAGCAGGUGGAAGACGCCGAUCCGGAGCUGGCCUGCUCCAUGCAGUACGACGAGCAGGAACUCGAGCAGCUCAACAUGAUGGUGCACCGCGUGGGCGACGAGAUGUCCAGCCUGCUCUCCCCACCCAGCCUGUGUCAGUCUCCCGCGCGCCGCGGGGCCUGCAGUGGCAGUUCCAGCACAGAGGCGUCGCCGCGCCGGGGCCCAGCGGGGCGGGCAGGGGUGGACCAGGGAGAGGAGGACCGGGUCUUCUUCAUGGAGGAUCUGGACGGGGCGGGGGAGGCGCUGGCCGGGAUUGAGGACUCCCCGUCUCUUGCCUGGGGGGGAGCCUCCUGCCCGUCAGAGCCGGUACCCCCCGGGCCCGCCCUCCAGCGGAGCCCCGUGCAGAACGGCUGGCCCGGAGGCGGCUCCUCCGUGGUAGAGGCUGCACUCCGCCAGAGCCAGAGCUGCCAGAGCCCCGACAAACCUGGGCUCGCCGGCGCCCCCUGCCCCGGCCCUGAGGCGCCUGAGCCUCCUGCCUGCCUGAACGGCUGGGAGGCCGGCUCCGAGGACGCGGAGACGGCGGAAAUGAUCGCCCAUCGCACGGGCGGCAUGAAGCUGUCCGCCACCGUUAUCUUCAACCCCAAAUCGCCCAGCCUGUCCGACGUGACUGUGGAGGCUGCUGCCGAUAAGCUCCUGCUGCUGCCUCAGGAGCCCGAGCCUGCCUCCCCGGGGCCCCAGAAGCUGAGCGGCCUGGUCGCCACCCACUGCUUGCUCAACUCCUGCGUGUGCUGUGGGAGCUGCGAGGACAGCCGGGAGGACGGGCUGGAGGCCUCGGGGGACAAGGGGAAGUGCACCCCGCCCAGCCCCGUCAUCCACACCUCCGGCAGCCUGGCACCAAGCAAGGACACCGCCACCGCCGCCGCCACCACUGGUAUAGCGGACUCCUCCGGCCCGCUGGACGCCGCAGAGGCUGACAGUCGACUGGAGCAGAGGAGUCUGCGCUGCGUGAGGUGCCUGGACCAGGCCUCGGGGACGCAGGCCGCCCCCGACAGAACCCCGCUGGGCGACGCAGGGGCCUGCAGCCACCAGAGACGAGCAGAGAGACCGAGGCAGGCCGGUGCGGGCCAUGACGGGAGGACACAGCCAGCAGGGGGCGAGAGAGAGCUGGAGGACGAUGGAAACCUGGACAGCAGGUCCAGAUCUAGUUCUCAGGAUUCAUCUCUCAGCUCCAUCUCCAGAAGUGACUGUGAGAGCGUAUCCGUCACCACUUGUAGCCUGUCCAGCACAUACACACCCAGCCCCGUCAGCAGCCUGACCGCCAGCUCCUGCACCUCUGAGGACCUGGACCACCAGGAGAUCCAGCAGGCCCUGCAGGCCGCCAAGAUGGCCUCCCGCGACAAGAUCCGCUCCCGCUUCCACAGCAGCAGCGACCUCAUCCACCGCCUCUUCGUCUGCAUCUCGGGCGUUGCCGAUCAGCUGCAGACGAACUACGCCAGCGACCUCCGCAGUAUCUUGAAGACACUGUUUGAAGUCAUGGCUACCAAGCCUGAGGCAGACGACAGGGAUAAGCAGAGGAAAGCAGGGCAGGGCCGGCGCAGUGCGGCGCUGGAGGACUGCGCGCUGUGUCAGGAGACUGUCUCCUCUUCGGAGCUGGCUGCCAAGGCCCGGGACGGCCAGUUUGAAGAUCCCCCGGACUGGGUUCCCGACGAGGCCUGCAGCUACUGCACGGCCUGCAAGGCUCCCUUCACCGUCAUCCGCAGGAAGCACCACUGCCGGAGCUGCGGCAAGAUCUUCUGCUCCCGCUGCUCGUCGCACUCGGCGCCCCUGCCACGCUAUGGGCAGAUGAAGCCGGUGAGGGUGUGCACGCACUGCUACAUGUUCCACGUCACGCCCUUCUACAGCGACAAGGCCGGGAUCUGACGGCCGCCGUGUGCAGACCGACCGGGCCGAGCAGGAAGGGACUACAGCAGUGCCCACACGCCAGUAACAAUAAUAGAAACUAGAACAGAAAUUAUAACUAUAAGAAUAAUACAAUGCUACAGCUAAUAAUGCGUAUAAUAACAAUAAAAAUGAAGGAAUUAAAGGCACGGAGAGGAAACCUGCUUAGAUGGUUGGCGAAACAGAGGGCUGAUUUGUACAGACGUUUUUUUAGUUUUAGUGACAAGCUGCUAUAAAGGAAACCAGCACCCAGGAGAGACUGCAAGUGCAACACAGCUUCUGAUUUCUCUCGGGACACGCUGCUCGUGUUCUCUUAGUGCUGACUUUUAGUGCAAGGAUUUACAACGCUAACAGGGCUCAAAUCAUUUAGAAAGAAAGAUAUAAAAUGUUUUUUUUUUUAAAAAGAAGACAAAAUCACUUUGCUGCAUCACUGAUUAAUCCAGUACACACAUGAUGGUUUACAUAGUUUUAAUGCCUUCAGUGUUCCGCUUCCCAUGAUGCAGCAGGGUAGAGGUCAAUGACGUCCCUGUUUCCGAAGAGCAGCAACAAGCAAGCAAGAUGUUAAGACAUGGCAGUGAAUGUGUGCACAGUUUUGUGUUGCUGUACAUCCGACGCCUGACUUCAGUCUGCACUUUUAAUUUUGCCUUCGAGAUAAUCCCAGUGGACCUGGAUUUGAACGACAAGGUCUGAGACAGGGGUCUGAACUCUGCUGGUGGACAGAGUUCCUGCUUUAAAAUCCAUCACGCUGAAGUUCGUAUCCUCUUAGAAGUACAUAUAACCCACAUUUAAUCAAUGGAAGCAUUUUAAACAGCCCUCAAAAAGAAGCCAGUUCACAGAAGUGCUGGAGUCGCAUUGUUGCAGCACUAGUGCCAGGCCAGCUUGUUUGUCGCACAUGUUCUGUUUUCCAUCCCGGCCUCUCGGGCCAGAGCCUGCGUUGAGAACGAGUCUUACAUCAGCACGCUCGGCCAUGCCGAUGUCAAAGCGCGCUGUCUCCGCCUUCCACCGCACCCUGGUUCAGAGAACUGAGAGGCACACCAGGGCAGACUGCGCAGACCACUGAGCUCCAGCUGCCCAGGUACAGACGGGGGAAAACAAAACUAGG